AUGCCCGAAAAGGAAGCUAUUGUGCAACCCGAUGAAGAAGAGACAAUAGAGGUGGAGACACCAACGAAGAGCCCACCAAAAGAUCAAGCCGAGACAAUAGUUCCUCCUAAGCCCACGGAAGUUAAACUUCCUUUCCCUCAAAUGAUGCAAAAGAAAAAGAAGGAUGAACAAUUUUCAAGAUUCUUGGAUAUCUUUAGGAAAGUUCAAAUCAACAUCCCUCUUGUUGAAGCACUUCAACAAAUGCCAAGUUAUGCAAAGUUCCUUAAGGAUGUGGUCUCACAAAAGAGGAAAUGGGGGCACUAUGAGACGGUCAACUUGACGGAGAGUUGUAGUGCAAUCAUUCAAAGGAAGUUGCCGGCCAAAAUGCAAGAUCCGGGAAGUUUCACUAUUGAGUGCACUAUUGGAAAUUGCUUUGUGGGGAAUGCCUUGUGCGAUCUUGGGGCUAGCAUUAAUCUUAUGCCAUUGUCUUUCUUCAACAAGUUGAAUAUUGGUAAAUUGAGAUCGACUAGCAUUACUUUGCAAAUGGCGGAUAGAUCGGUAGCAUAUCCCUCGGGCAUAGUUGAAGAUAUAUUGGUGAGGGUGAAUGACUUCAUAUUCCCCGUUGACUUCGUGGUGUUGGACAUGGAAGAGGAUAGAAAUAUACCUCUUAUUUUGGGAAGACCGUUCCUUGCCACCGGGAAGGCCAUGAUUGAUGUUUCAAAGGGAGAACUUACACUUCGCCUCAAUGAUGAGAGUGUGACAUUUUCGAUAUAUGAGGCCUUAAAGAGGCAUGAUGUGGAACCGGGAGGAAGCCUACAACAUUGCAAUGUUGUGACCGUGAUGGAUGAGUGUGUUGAAGGAGUGGCACCGGCCUCUUACUUGGAUGAUCAAUUAGAGAGAUGCAUUUCUCAUUCCAUGUAUUCUUCUCAUUCUUUUGAUAUUUUGGAUGCUAACCUCGAAUUGUUGGAAUUUGUAGGUGCUUUGGAUUCGGCUAAAGAGAUCCCUAGAUCACGUUAUCCACAAUUUCUACCUCUUAGGAGUGGAAGUGAAGAUAGCAAUAAAGAAGGGGAAAACAAGAAGCUUGGGUUGAAGCCACUUCCACUACACUUGCAAUAUGCUUUUCUUGGAGGGAAUGACACUUUUCCGGUAAUUGUAUCAUCUUCUCUCUCUAGUUUCGAGUUGGAUAAAUUGUUGAGAGUUCUUAGGAAGCAUAAGAGUGCCAUUGGGUGGUCCAUAUCGGACAUCAAGGGAAUAAGCCCAACCGUUUGCAUGCAUAGAGUUCAUUUAGACGAGGGGUAUAAGCCUAAG